UCCGGGGCGGGGCUCUGUUGGUCCUUCACCUUCCGCGGGGCGAAUGUGGGUCUUUUGCAACGUGAAAGUUCGCGAUUGUUGGGCAGCCACUUCCGUCACUCUGAGACGGUGUUUGAAGUUGGGGGCGACCAUGGCAAAGAGCAAGUUCGAGUACGUGCGGAACUUCGAGGCUGACGACACCUGCCUGGCCCACUGCUGGGUGGUGGUGCGGCUGGACGGCAGAAAUUUCCAUCGGUUUGCUGAGAAGCACAACUUUGCAAAACCUAACGACAGCCGUGCCCUCCACCUCAUGACCAAAUGUGCCCAGACUGUAAUGAAAGAACUGGAGGAUAUUGUGAUUGCAUACGGACAGAGUGAUGAGUACAGCUUUGUGUUCAAGCGGAAAAGCAAUUGGUUUAAAAGAAGAGCCAGUAAGUUCAUGACUCACGUGGCUUCCCAGUUCGCCUCCAGCUAUGUGUUUUAUUGGCGAGAUUACUUUGAGGACCAGCCCCUUCUGUAUCCCCCAGGCUUUGAUGGAAGAGUCAUAGUGUAUCCUAGCAACCAGACCUUAAAGGACUACCUCAGUUGGCGGCAAGCAGAUUGUCACAUCAAUAAUCUGUAUAAUACAGUUUUCUGGGCACUUGUACAACAGUCUGGACUAACACCAGUACAAGCCCAAGAGAGAUUACAGGGAACUCUUGCAGCAGACAAGAAUGAGAUUUUGUUUUCCGAAUUCAACAUCAACUACAAUAAUGAACCACUGAUGUAUAGGAAAGGGACUGUGUUGAUAUGGCAGAAGGUGGGUGAAGUCACAACAAAAGAAGUUAAACUGCCAGCAGAAAUGGAAGGAAAAAAGAUGGAGAUGACCCGGACCAGGACAAAGCCAGUGCCUUUACACUGCGAUAUAAUCGGGGAUGCUUUUUGGAAAGAACAUCCAGAGAUCCUAGAUGAAGACAGCUGAUCCUUUGCUUUUUAGCCCUGGCAUGCUUAACCAUGCAAGACCUACCGCCCCCCCCCCCCCAAAGACUCCUGGCCUUAGGUGCCCUAGGAUCUCUACUACCAAGAACAGUGUGCCAGGAGUGAUGCAUGACUGGUUCGAAAGGGAACAUGGGAAGAAGGGAUGGAUGGGGUGGUUAUCUUGUUCUGCUUUAAGUAGAACAUUUUUUUACAAUGUUGGAACAUGGUUCUUUCUGUAGAGUGUUUUUUGUUUUUUUUUUUAAUCGUGGUGCUAUUUUUAUAAAGCAAGAACUAUUUUAUGCCUUGCAGAAUGAAUCAUUUUUAGAUUAUGGCAUAAGUCUUAUAAAAACUUGUCAAGCUUUUUCUACCUAUGAUAGAAUAUGAAUCCAAACUUUACUCUCAACCACCUGUUCUUAACUACAAAAUCCACUAACCUUGAAAGUCUCACCUUUCCUACCCAUGUACUUUGACAUGGAGAUAAAUAAUGGGUUGGUGGCUGCAUGAUGCUUUUGAAUUCAGGAAUUCCAGGUAGGAUCAGGGUUUUGUGCCAGUUUCCAAGUUGGCAACUUUGGCUGAACAAGUGAGUAGUAGUUUGGAUGUCCUUGUGUAAACAUUCGAUAGAUUGAUUUUAUGGAGUUGUCAGCAUGAUCAUCGUCUCACCAUAGGUAUUACCAAGGCCACGUACCACUUUCUAAGAAGAAAGAGAAUUAUGUGUAUA